UACUUACUUUUACAUCAUGAUAAUUUUCCGCUCAUAUUAAAAAUAUUUUGGAUUCACGAGAAAAUGUCGCUUUGUAGACAAAAUUUUCAUGAAGAAUGCGAGGCUGGAAUCAAUAAGCAGAUUAACAUGGAGUUAUAUGCCAGCUAUGUAUACAUGACCAUGGCUUUCCAUUUUCACCGUGAUGAUGUUGCACUGAAUGGGUUUCACAAGUUUUUCUUGAAGGAGUCUGAAGAAGAGCGACAGCAUGCCCUUAAGUUAAUGACGUAUCAAAACAUGAGGGGUGGUCGUAUUGUUUUACAAGAUAUCUCAGCACCUCCCCAACUCUCCUGGACUUCUGGCCUGCAAGCAAUGCAAGAUGCAUUAGAUUUGGAGAAGAAAGUCAACCAGAGUCUUUUGGAUUUAAUUUCAGUUGGUGAAAAGCAUAAAGACCAUCACUUCUGUGACUUCAUUACAAGUGAGUUUUGUGAUUAAUAAGUGUGGCACAAUCUUCUGAUAACUUUGAGAUAUUUGAAAUUCCCUCUAACAGUCCGCUGACCAAAUCUAAGCAAUUCUAUUAGGUUCAGAGUAAGAUGUUUGGAAGCAGAUAGCAUAGCCGCUUAAUUUUAGUACUGCUUUUUGAUCCCAGACUUUUCAAAAUCUGUUGCAUACUUUUGCUUAGUGAGAUAAAUGUAAAAAUCUCAGGUAGUGUAAAAUUGGUUCAUGAAAUUAUUAACCAGCUACACCGCGAGGUGUUUCUCAAGACGGACUUAUAGCUUGCUUGAGAGAUUCACAAGAGACCAAGUGGUUUUAAGGGUAGUGUGGAAUAUUUUCGUGUGAAGCAAUUUUGAUGCAGAAGCUGUUCACCAUAGGAAUUAGAUGUGUUUAUACAUCGCGGAUAGAUAACGUGAAAUAGCGACGAUGAUGACUAUGGUUUGAAGUGAACAUGUGGGAGUAAUGUUCAAUGAGUAAAUGUUCUGUAUCCUCCUACCGUGAAUCUCAGAAUUAUUUUGUUGGUAAAAGUGGCUUACUCUUACUACAUUUCAAAACAUUGUUGUGGCGUCAUCUUUUCAGUUCUAUGGAUUUCAUUUUCAAAAACAAUUACCAUGAAUACUGCUGACAGACAGUAUAACAUGAAAGUUUUUUGUAAUGUUUGGAAAGUUUGUUGCAACGGUCCUCUCACCUGAUACUUUUGUUGUGGUCGCACCUAUUAAUCAGUAUUCAAAGUUGUCUGAGUGGAGUUUGUUAGAUGUAGUGCUAGUUUAUCACACAAGUUGACAUUUAGCUUACUGUUUAUUCAGUCAGUCAUAUUUUGCAUACUUGAAUGUUAUUUGGUUUUUUUAACCUCUUUUUUUUACCGUUAGAUGAAUAUUUGGAAACUCAGGUACAAUCUAUGAAACAACUCUCGAAUUAUAUUACCAAUCUGCAUCGUGUGGGUAACGGUCUUGGAGAAUAUAUGUUUGAUAAGGAAACUUUACAUGGAGAGAGCCAGUGAUUCCUGGUUUACUCAGAUUAUUAUUAUGAUUAGCUGUGUGCAAACUUCAUUAAACAUUAUUUUGUAAAAUCAAUAAUGCGAAUAGAUAAUUCUGUGUAUUGUGAAGCUUACUUGAGUGUUAUUUUGACUGUUGGUAACUACUGAAAUAUAAUUACGUGAACAUAUACAAAAUUAUUUGAAU